GGCUGUGCUGGGCGGUGCUUGCUUUUUCCUGACAGGACUGUAGCCCUGCGAUUCCCCACCCUAGCCGGUUUUCUUCUCCCUAGGUAGGCAGGGCGGUUAGGGAGGCUGGUCCUGGCCCGGUAUUUCUGUUGUGAUGCGGCCCGAAGGGGCAGGAAAUGGGCUCCCAGAUGCCCAGAAUCCCCCGGAGGAUUUGCUUCUACUCUGGAAGGGCGGCGGCCGUCCCAUUACUCAAUUCUUGACGUACUGGUCCUUCCAGGUCCCUCCUCUUAGCGAAUAAACAAACACCAGCGCGUGACUCGACAGACUCAAAAACUACUUCACCUGCUCCGAAAAGUUUCCUUCCCAUAUCUUUAUGUAAAUUCUUCCACCUGCACUCAGAAUGCCUUCUAAUCCCAUGCCCAAGCAAAAGAGGGGUGUGGGAGUGAGUUUAAAAAUAAAACCCCGUUUAGGUGCUGUUUAUUCUUUGGGGUACAUGUUAACACCAUUUAUUGAGAUUUACCAACGUUAACAAGCGCCUUAUAUUCCCUUGAGAUCAUUUAAUCGCUGCAGUAACCCCACAAAAUACGUAAUUAGGUCCAAAAGUACAAGCUAUACCAAAAGGAGGCUAUACAGUAAAAAGUAAGUGUCCCUGCCACCUUCUACACAAUUCACCACUGUUAAGUUUCUUGUGUACUUUCCGAAGCUUUUUAUCUACGUUACUGUGUGUAUAUGUCUCCUCUUAAAAAAAAAAAAAACAUUGGGAGCAACUCGCUGUCCCGCGUCUAUGUUUAUUUACAUUAACAUCUAUAUCGGUACGAAAAGGCCAGCCGAUCUCGUUCAUCCUCAGUGUGCCACGGUGCCCUAGGAACAGUCCCGAUUUCUCAGACGAGGGCACGCUAGGGCUCAGCGAUGUGACUUGCCCGGGCUCAGUGCAACCAGGAAUUCUAGCCCAGCUUCUUCUUGGCGGUUGGGACCCGUGGCUUGGCCCAGCGGGCAGCAGGAAGUGCUGGGCGCUGACUCGCCAGCGACACCCCCGCUGCUUGUAAACGCGGGACAGACGCGCUGCGCGGUAAAGACACCGAACGCGUCCUGCAGCCGGGUCUCCUCUACUCCGUGAGGGUGGCGGCUGGCGGCGCGAUGGACCUGGCUGGGCUCCUGCUGGACGAAGAGGGCACUUUCUCCCUCACCGGCUUUCAGGACUUCACAUUCCUCCCAGGACACCAGAAGUUGAGUGCCCGGAUCCGAAGGAGACUCUACUAUGGCUGGGACUGGGAAGCUGACUGUAGCCUGGAGGAACUCUCCAGCCCUGUGGCAGACAUUGCUGUAGAACUGCUCCAGAAGGCAGCCCCCAGUCCUAUUCGUCGGCUCCAGAAGAAAUAUGUAGCCCAUGUGUCCCGGGAGGCAUGCAUCUCCCCAUGUGCUAUGAUGCUAGCUCUGGUGUACAUUGAGCGGCUCCGGCAUCGAAACCCAGACUACCUACAGCACGUAUCAUCCUCUGACUUGUUCCUGAUCUCCAUGAUGGUGGCCAGUAAGUACCUCUAUGAUGAAGGGGAGGAGGAGGAGGUCUUCAACGAUGAAUGGGGAGCUGCUGGGGGUGUGGCCGUGCCCACUCUCAAUGCCCUGGAGAGGGGCUUCCUGAAUGCCAUGGAUUGGCGUCUCUACACUGACCCUCGGGAGAUCUUUGAGGUGCUGAGCUGGCUGGAGAGCUGCGUGGCUGAGCAGCAGGGGCGGCGGCGGGGCUGGUACACCUACACAGACCUGUGUGUGCUGCUGGAGCAGCCCGCCUGGCAGCUGGCCCUGGGAUCCCUCUGCCAGCAGCUGGCAAAGCUGUCCUGCCUGUUAGCUAUGGCAUAUGUGAGCAGUGUGGCCCUGGCUGUGGCAUCGAUGGCUGUAAUACACCAGUCCUUGGGGCUGUCCUGCAGUCCCUCACCUGGCCCCCCAGACCUUGGACUAGCCACCAGGUGCCUUUUGGAACCCUGCAUACCUUCUCCUGUGCCACAGUGCCUGCCAUCUCCUGCUAACAUCUCCAGCUGCCUGGAAGGCGACGUAGGGCUGCACUCACUCUGGGGAAGUCUUCUGGCUUCACUGACUCCCCAGCCAUUGCCUCCCCCAGAUCCUCCUGCACCUCCCACUCUUCUCCAUAACUGCCCCCUUUGCCAGAAGCUCCAGAAAGACUCCCCAGCCUGCCGUGCCUGCCACCACCUCAACCAUACUGUCCCCACCGGGCCCCCCAGCCCAUGGUACCACUCCCAUGGCCUGGCUCCACCCUGGCCUUGGAGCCCAAUGCCCCCUCUGCUCCCACAGCCCCAGCAGUGUUCCCUUUUCAGCAUCAUGGAACUGGCCCGCCUCAAGUCUUUCAUUUUCCCCAGCUAGGUAGGGUUCUGAGGAACACAGUAAGAGGAUUUGGGAGUCCCUGAGAACCUGGAGGAGCAGAGCUUGAUCUGGGUCCUUGGCUGGUCCCCUGUCCUCCUGGGUGAUGGAGCUUAAGAGGGUCAUAGGGCAGAGGGACUGAAGGUCAUUUGCUCUCCUAGACCUCCAUGGUCAGCUGCUUGGCCAGAGCAGUGAUGGUGCCAGGGAAGGUUUCAGCUUGCUGACUGGAGCAUGUCACAGGCGGGCAGGGGAGAGACCCCCAUCUCUCUGUCACCCCUGGUCUCUUCUAGACUUUUGCUUUUGAGUUUCCUAGGAUGGGGCAAGGGAGAGAGGAAAUUUUGACCAGGGUCUGUGUGAUGUCCCUGAGGCAAGAGAGGCAGGGACUGAUAGGGCCAAGGUGGGAGCUGCUGAGGGAAGGCAGGGUGAGGUGGGAAACCCUCUCCACACCUGUCUCUGGGACGAAGUCUAGAGGAGCCAGGGGCUACUGGGACCUCAAGGCUGAGGGUUUGCCGUCUUGUCUUCCAACCUUCUCUUCUUAGUCCCCUGCUCCUGAGCUUCCCUCUCUUCCUGUUCCUCUCCUGGUGUUCUCUUCACAGGCUUCUCUGGCCACCUCUUUGUAUCUGGGGUUUUCAUGCUUUUGUAGAACUAAGGUUUCAAUAAACAGUUUCAGUUGCA